AUGACUGUAUUAGCGGUGGAAAAAUAUCACGCCUUAUUGCAGCAUUAUAGAACCGGACUGCACUUAAGAGAAUUCGAAGACAACAUUAAGAAGGCGUAAUAUAUAUAUAUAUGCCUCCCAGCAACCGAUCCUUAAAGAAUGGAGCGAAACUUAUAAGACAUGUAUUGAUCCCUACAUUCGGUACUUAAAUCAAGCUAGCAAAGCUUCUUUGAUUUUAGAUGUAGUUGUAUUGUUUGUUCAACUGUCGAUCAUGAUAUACUGCUAUGGAUCCUUCAUAAGGGGACUUUACUUCACCAACAAGGUGUGUGCAACAGAUGGAGAAAGGAGAUCUGAGAAGAAGAAACUUGUUAUCACGUUCAUGUUGGUAACUUUUGGAUUUUUUAUGGGUUAUACACCAACCCUAGUUUCUUACGUGAUCAUUCCAUCAGGAGAUGGAACAACAGACGUUAGUUUUUACGCUCAACUUACGACUGUGGCUGAUUUUGUAUUCGUUGUAAGUUUUUGUUUCAACCCUUUUAUCUACGCUUUUCGCAGCACUAAUUUUAAAGAAGGGUUCAAACGAGUAAUUUUAUGUAGAAAUCCCUAA